UAUGGCUUCUGGACGUAUUGUACUCUCUCUCUUGUUCUCUCUGUGUAUGUGUAUGUCUCUCUCCCCUCUUCCCUCUAGCCCUCCUCCUCCUGCUCUUUUGUUGUUGCCACCGUUCGCUGGCAGUGCUGCCAUAGCAACCAGGAAACACUUCAGUGUGUGCGUGAGAGACACUAAAUGUGCGUGAGCGGCUGUGGAGCGCUGUACCGCACAAGACGGCUGGAUCAGAAACCAGAUCUAAUUCCUCCAAAGCGCACUCAGCAUCACCACCUGCUUUCCUGAAACACACCUGAGUACAGUGUGUGUUCGGAUAUUUGGAUGCUGUAAUCUCCUAAGGAACAUCAGCUCUGCAUGGUUGUAGGAAUGGCCUCCACUGGGGUCAGCUCUCUCCUGCCCCCUGUGAAAAGUGUGAUGGUGUACAGGAAUGGAGAUCCUUUCUUUACAGGGAGGAAGUUCAUUGUAAACCAGAGGCAGAUCUCCACUAUGGAAGCAUUCCUAAACGAUGUGACUGUCAGCAUAGGAGCUCCACUGGCCAUCCGGACCCUGUACACCCCGCGGCACGGCCACCGAGUGCCUGACCUGGACCACCUUCAGCAGGGGGCGCAGUACGUGGCUGCAGGCUUUGAGAGGUUCAAGAAGAUUGAUUAUUUUAGUGUUGGGCUGAAGAGAGCGCCAGUGAACAGGCCUGGAGAGGUUAAAGUGCUCAGCAGACCAAAUGUAUCUGCAAAGUGGAGGAAGGUCAUCACCCUGCCCUGCAUUAUAAAUGUCUUUAGGAAUGGUGACAUCCUCAGCUCCGCCAUGCGCUUCAUUAUCCCUCGUAACAUGCUGAAAAACCUGGAACAGAUCCUCAGCCUCAUCUCGGAGAAGGCCAUGCUGCGCACUGGAGCUGUUCGCAGGCUGUGCACGCUGGAUGGCGUCACGGUGGCAUCAGCAGAGGAGCUGGAGAGCGGGCAGUGUUACGUUGCCGUGGGAACGGAGCGGUUCAAGAAGCUUCCCUAUGUGGAGCUGCUGCUGAACAAAGCGGCAGGAGGCAGUGCGGACAGGCAUUAUGUAGGAGAGCGGGGGCUACACAGAAGAUCUGAGAUCCGGAAGGCCUUUCCUCAGGACAGCCACAGUGACUCCGCCCUGCUUGAUUCACCCGAGAGGGAUGACCGGCGGGUGAAGUCAACAGGUGACGAGGCAGCAGGUACGAGCCCCUCCCAGCCGCACCACAGGAGAGCAGGGGGCAGCAAAAGGGAGGAGAACUCUGUAUUUUACGCCAAACCAGUCAGAGUCCGCAAAGACAGACCCACAGCCAGAGCAACAGCAGGCCAGACAAGUGUGUUUAAGGGUGUGGGCAGGAGGAGAGAGGAGGUGCGAGGAGCAGAGGAAGUGGUAGAAGACAAGAACACAGCUGUAGAGCUCCCUGUGGAUCAGAGAGCUGCUGAAAUUGUUGAGGAUGAGGAAUUUAAUAAGAGCCAACAAGAAACAAAUCACAUACAUCAGACACAAUCAAACAAAACACUCAUGACAUCACCCAACCGGUCAUCAAAUGACAGAGAGUCAUCACAAAGAGGAGUUCUGCCUCCAACACACAAACAAGACGAUGACACGUUCACAGAAGAAUUUGAGCAUGAAGGAGGCCAGGGUGAAACUGGUGGAAGUUUUCAUGAAGCAGAGACAGUGAGGUCUGCACAGCACAGCCCCCUGGACGCCCACGCUGAAGAAACCCAGCUUUCUUCAUCCGAACAAGCAGAGUGACCUGCUCAGAUAGAGUCUAUCCAAUCACACACCCUACAUAUAACCUACAGUUAUUCCUGCACUGUCCAUCAAAAGUAUGGGGUCACAUUAUGUCAAAAUGAUAAGUAGUAGUGGCCCACUUUCAAGGUUUAAGUGUGUUUUAAAAGCAACUAAUAAACAGGUUUAAUAUUACUUUAAUAUUUUCUAGCAUUCACCCUAAUUUAAAGAUCACUACUUAAAGUAUUAAUCUCCAAAAGAGUUAAACCCAGGAUCAGUUAUACAGUACUUUAGCACUUCCUCUACAGAGUGAGGAAGAUCUAGGAAGAUUUAAGGUAGGCUAAACUAGAAUACACACAAAGACAAGCACAUACACCAAUACAUAUAUGGUGGACACAGCUGGAAUUGUGGAAUUAGUCUUUAAUCCAGCUGUGCUGUGAAAACUCUCAAAACGUUGUGUUCUGAAGUCUAGGCUGCAGUUGAGAUAAGACUGCCCUAAAAAAGACUCCUUCUCAGUAGCCUUUUGCUCACAAAUCUGGAACAGCCUAACAACCUUUUUUAUUUCUUAGCAAAAAUAAUAUAUGUAUAUUAAGCAAACAAAUCUGCCAAUGGGGUAAGCACAAAUUUCGUAGUAAGAUUUCUUACAGAAAACAAUGGCAAAGUCUCAAAAUGAGUGAAGUAACACCUAAAUUUGGCAAAACAGUCACUGUUUUUGGACACAAUAAUCAGAAUAACUUGAUUGCUGCUUGAUUGAGCUUAUUUUGAGUUCAAAUUACUUUAAAUUAGGUACAAAUUCUAAGUAAGAAUGAUUAAGAUAAUUAUCCCCUAAAUAAGCAAAAUAAUCUAACACUUACACACAAUGCUUAGUAAGACAAAAAGUCUUAUCAGAGAAGAAAAUAAGAUUUAUUGCCUGUAAUUUAGAACAUUUCACUUGCUAAGAUUUAUUUUUUUGCAGUGAACCAAUGAGCCUACCGUAUUUUUUGCAUUGUAAGGCGCAUUUAAAAUCCUUUAAUUUGCCCAAAAUCCAGUCAGGUUGUAAGUAGCAGUAAAGCCACUCAGUAAUAAAGGAGUUUCUGUUUAGUUCUCAAGCAGGAUUAGCAUUAACUGCUAAGCGCUAGCUCUUCUGGUCUUCAGAGGUGACUAUAUUGUACAGUAAACUGCAUGUUUACUAUGUUAAAACAAGCUACAUGGGACAAACCAUUAGCUGAUAGCACCCUGGCUUACCGAAACAAUCAGGGUUCCUCAGUGUAGCGCUGUCGGGCGGCAUUAGCCGCUAACCGCAGCUAGUGCAAGCUAAUGCUAAUUCUGCUGUACCCAUCUAUAGUGCAAAUCUGAAAACCUAAGCUUACUGUAAAGAAAUAGAAGCGCUUUACUCACCCAAAUAAACAGUUUUUAGUAGAGAAAUCUGUGUAGAUUAACAUUCAGCACUCCACUGACUUUAAAUUUAUUUAUUUUUUUAAGAAUUACAGUUUUGUUUCUUUAAUUUAAUUUAGCUUUACAGGUCUCACCACCCAGAGGUGAGACCUACUGAAUUAGAAGAAAACAUGGUGAGACCCCUGUUCCUUCCUAGUGUCGCAUACUGCUCCUUAUAUUCUGGUGCACAUUAUGUAUGAAAAUAGAUCAGAAAACAAACAUUUAUUGAUGGUGUUCCUUAUAAUUCUGUGCGCCUUAUAGUACGAAAAAUAUGGUACAUGAAAGCUAGCAUUAAGGCUUACUUGACUUGGCCUUCAAUUAAGUGGAUUUCAUCAAUUCUGCAUCACAAACCUCUGGGAUGUGUUCCUUUCCAAAGAGCUUUGCAGAACAAUCGGUUACUUGUUGUGGAGGGCCAGACUUUGGCUUCUGAACUGCUUAUAGACUAAAAACACCAGAUUUUAGUUAUGACUUCUUAUGUUUGCACAUUUUGUU